AUGCGCACACUCAGGAGCCGACCGCUCAUGGGUGAGUGGGCAGUCGGGAUCAGACCUCCGAUGGCGUCUCCGCUGGAGGUGGUGCAGUCGAAGCCAGCCGCUUGGCUGUUCGCCGCUGUGUGCGUCUCGCUUUUCCUGGACAGCGCCCUCCUGACUGCUGUGGUGCCAAUCCUCCCGGACGAGCUGCGUCGCUGGGGCUCCAACGGGACGCGGCCGUUGGGCAUGCUGCUUGCGUCUAAGGCUUUCAUCGAACUCCUCGCAAACCCAUUCGCUGGUGCAUGGACGGCGCGGCUGGGUUCCCGGUACCUGCUGGCCGUUGGAGACGCCGUGUUGCUGUUUUCCUCCUCAUUAUUUGCAGUGGGCGGGAGCUUUGGUGUGCUUCUAGCUGCGAGGGCGCUGCACGGUAUUGGCUCCUCCUGCCUCAAGAUAUCCGGUCUGGCGUCACUGGCGGCUGCUUUCCGAGGUACCGAGCGCAACCGCAAGCUAGCAUGGGCGUUGGCGGCUGGCGCGCUCGGAGUAGUUGUGGGAUAUCCGCUGGGCGGCGUGCUAUCCGACUGGUGCGGCACCGCCGCAGUGCCACUGGCAUUGCUUGCUGCCUUAUGUGCGCUUGCCACCGGCUUCUCUGGCACACUGGCAAGAGUGGUGAAGGUGAAUGAAUUUGAGAUGACGCAUGGUCGGCCAGGCCUGCUGCUUGCCCUGCUGCGGGACCCAUACGUGCUGCUGGCGUCAGGAACUGUCGGCCUGAGUGCUGUGACCGUCGCUGUGCUCGAGGCCUGCCUGCCUAGCUGGCUCAGGAAAACACUGCGUCCGUCACGCUGGCAGCUUGGAACUGUUUUCUUGCCAGACAGUGUGGGCUACCUUGUGGGCACCACAGCAUUCGGACGUCUGGCUGGAGAGGCUACGAGAUGGCGUAUGGUGCUGCUCGCAACAAGUCUCGUCACCGUCUCUGUCCUGAUGAUCCCCGAGGUACGAAGUGUAAAGUACUUGGUCGGUCCCCACCUGGCGCUUGGCCUCGGAAUAGGUGUUGCCGAUGUCUGUCUGAUGCCACUGCUUGCGCUACGCCUGGAAAGCAGACAACUCGGCUCGUACGGUGCCGUGUACGCUGUCGUGGAGACGGCGGUCAGCCUCGCGUACUGCUUUGGCCCUGCAGCUGCUGGUCUCCUGCUCCAGACCAUCGGCUUCUCGUGGCUGAUGCGCGCCAUAGCACUCGCCAAUUUGCUGUGUGCCGCGCCCCUGUGCUGGCUGCUUCACCGCGACAGUGCAAGUGUUUUUUGA